UUAGAGAGAAGUGGACUCCAACCCAAAAACACACCCUUUAUUAUCUUCACUUCCCUAUAACCACAAGCCAUUAGUACUGAAAACGACUCCUAACAACUGCACCGUUUAUCUCUCUAUCUCUCUCUCUCUGAUCUCGAAGCCUUUAGGAGGGUAUAGUGCAGAAGGGUUCUCUCUCUCUCUCUCUGUGAUGUCUUCCAACAAGAAAUUAAAGCUUCUCAGAACCAUAUUUAGAUCCAAUGCAGGGUGUGGCUGUGGCAGGCCAAAAGCCUCAGAUAUACAUGAGCCAACCCAGAAGCCAAAAACCACCAUCAGUCCUGCCGAAAACCCAAAGCCUUGCAUUUCCUCGUCGAGUUCCUGCGACAGAAAUGGCAGCCUUUCAAUGGACGAAGAAGAUUUCACUUCCACCUCAAUUUCUGAAGCCGAAACCGAUCUGAUCAGGAGUUCAAAGAAUCCCAAACCGUGCCAAAAAAUCAUCAACAGCAUCGCCGUCGAGAAGGAUUCCAGCGACCCUUAUCAAGAUUUCCGGCAUUCCAUGCUGCAGAUGAUCCUGCAGAAAGAGAUAUACUCGAAAGAAGAUCUCCAAGAGCUUCUUAAUUGGUUUCUUAAGCUGAAUUCUCCUUGCCACCAUGACGUUAUCUUCAAAGCUUUCAAGGAGAUCUGGGAUGACGUUGUCUCUGAUAGGCUGAUCUUGCUGAAACCAGCUUGCGUUGAAGAAAAGUCAUGUGAAUCCUAGCCAGACAUUGCACGUGUCAGAGCCAUGGCAGCAAAUUAAAUUCACACGUGGGAAGGGAAGAUGCAAGGGAAGGUGACAAACUAAUUCAUUGGCCAUCAAUUGAUAAGUUAAAAGGCCCGGAUCGGUCAUGAGAAGAUGAGCCAUGUGGUGGAGGCCAUGAGGGGGGGUUUUUGCGCGUACAAAUGUAUGUAGGAGCACUUUUUUAACUUUUGUGGCCAUCCAUUCUAAGUUGUAGUCUAGGUGUUUUUUAAUGUAUCAAUUUUCUUUUUCUUUAGCAAUCAA